AUGGCCACCCACCUCGCCGCCGUCUCCCCGGCCAAAGGCCAACCCUUUGAGCUCCAAACCCGGCCCACCCCAAAGCCAGGACCAGAUGAGCUCCUCAUCGCUGUCAAAUCCGUAGCCCUCAACCCGGCAGACGCCUAUAUGCGUGACCAAGGCCUCUUCAUACCCACGUACCCCACGGUCAUUGGCUUCGACAUGUCGGGGUUAGUCCUCGAGGUCGGCGACAACGUCCCCACCGGUGCUACCGACAAUGAUCCGGCCCCCUCCUUCCGACCGGGUAUCACCCGCGUCGCCGCCUACGCCGCCUCUUUCUGGAAGUCCUGCGAUCCAGACUACGGCGCAUUUCAGGAGCGGUGCCUCGUCCCCUGGCAGCAUGCUGUGCCCCUCCCGGACGGGGCCAUGUCUUGGAACCACGCGGCAACCUUGCCCGUCGCCGUCGAGGUACCCCUUAACGCGUGGGAUGUCAUGGGGAUCCCCCGGAUGGGAGAAGCCACUGCUUCUGCUCCAGUCUCUGCUGGCUCUACCGGUGCUGAUACCAGCGGAGGGGAGCAAAAGAAUAACAUGGAAAAAAGAGAAGCUCUCCUAAUCUGGGGUGCCUCCUCUAGCGUCGGCACCAUGGGCGUACAAACAGCCCGGCUGCUGCGGGAAGAUCCCACCUCUUCUUUCGCAGCCGUGUACGCCACGGCCGGAUCGGCGAAUAAGAGUUAUGUGGGUUCACUGGGCGCGGACCGCGUGUUCGACUACAAAGACCCACAAGUUGUGGAUGCGAUCGUUUCGGCGGCCAAGGAGGACGGGUUAGUGAUCCGGCAUUGUUUUCUUGCUACCGGGCAGCUGGCGCCAUGUCAGGCUGUGCUUAAGACAUUCCUCGGAGGAGAUCAAGAAGGGAAGAAGGCGAAGACGGCGAAGAUCGGGUCGGCACCCGUGGUUCCUCCGGAUGCGGAGGUCGUGGACGGGGUGGAGACGAUAUUUGUGCUGCCGUCAACGGUGGAAGGGGAGAGGCUGGAGCAGUUCCGAUACUGGAUUGGGACGUGGCUGAGGGAGAACCUGGCCAAGGGGACCAUCAGGCCGAGUCCGGAGCCGAGCGUCGUGGGAAAGGGUUUGGGGGCUAUCAAUGCUGGGUUGGACAAACUGCUCCGGGGGGUGAGUUGUACGAAGUUGAUUGUUGAGGUUGCGGAGUGA